AUGCCGCGCAUUGAGACGGAGGUCCGUCUCGACUUCAAAGACGUUCUCAUUCGGCCCAAGCGCUCGACGCUCAAGAGCCGCUCGCAAGUGGACGUGCACCGCGAGUUCCACUUUCGCAACUCGAAGCGCACGUGGACGGGCGUCCCCAUUAUUGCUGCCAACAUGGAUACAGUCGGUACCUUCGACAUGGCCGUCGCCCUCUCCCGAUUCGACUUUAUCACGUGCGUGCACAAACACUAUACCCCAUCCGACUGGACCGCUUUUGCGCAGCAGUAUCCACACGUGAUGGCGACGGUCGCUGUCAGUGCCGGAUCUAGCGCCGCGGAUUUCGACAAACUGUCGACUAUCCUGACGACCCAUUCCGCCAUUCAGUUCAUCUGUCUCGACGUCGCCAAUGGGUACUCGGAACACUUUGUUGACGCCGUACGGAACGUGCGCGCGGCGUUUCCAGCGCACACGAUCAUUGCGGGCAACGUCGUGACGGGUGAGAUGGUCGAAGAGCUGUUGCUGUCGGGCGCGGACAUUAUCAAAGUCGGCAUCGGUCCGGGGUCCGUGUGCACCACUCGGAAACAAACGGGGGUGGGGUACCCGCAAUUGUCUGCUGUGCUCGAGUGUGCCGAUGCUGCCCAUGGACUCAAUGGUCAUGUGAUUGCUGACGGAGGCUGCACGUGUCCAGGGGACGUGGCCAAAGCAUUUGGCGCUGGAGCUGACUUUGUCAUGCUUGGUGGUAUGCUUGCUGGACACGACGAGAGUGGUGGGGACAAAGUGGAGAGGGAGGGGAAGCUGUUCAAGACGUUCUACGGAAUGAGUUCGUCGGAGGCUAUGAAGAAACACAGUGGGGGUGUGGCGGAAUACCGCUCGUCGGAAGGCAAGAGCGUGACCGUGCCGUAUCGAGGUCCGGUUGCCGGCACGUGCAAAGAGAUCUUGGGCGGUGUGCGUUCCACAUGUACCUACGUCGGGGCCAGCAAGCUCAAAGAGAUUAGCAAGCGCACCACUUUCAUCCGUGUGUCCCAACAGCUGAACGAACUGUUUGGUCGAGCUCCAAAUGAGCAGGAGGAGCAGGUGUCGAAGAAGCAGAAGACGGGCUAA